ACCAGAAAAACAAAUGACCUUGUGACAUAUGAACCCCAUGAAGUCUAUUCUGUCUAUCUAGUAUUACAAACUUGAUGUGAUAAUGCUAGCUGUUGGUUAAGAACAAUAAAAAAAUAUAGCUCACACUACAAUAGAUGUAGAAAAUGGUCUGUAUUAUCUUUUUUCGACCUAUUUUAAUGGGAUUGCUGUUUGCUGAGAAUUUCGUUCUUACCUGCGCUUCUGUCGAUAAAGAUCUCUAUGUGUAUGAAAGUGACAACAAAGCAGAAUCAAAUCUUAAUGCUCUCCAACAUGGCAUGCUUUUUCCUCGUGAGUCAGAGAGUCGACAAAUCAAAAAUCUUGAAGGGAUUUGGUCCUUUCGUGCGGACAUGUCUUCAAGUCGAAAUGAAGGAUUUGAUAAGAAAUGGUAUCAACAAGACUUAUACAAAACAGGUCCAGUGAUCAAGAUGGCAGUUCCCUCAAGUUUUAAUGACGUCACACAAGAUGAUGCACUAAGAAAGUUUGUUGGUUGGGUCUGGUACGACCGUAUUGUGUAUCCGCCUAAAUCUUGGCAGACUGACAAUUUACGGGUGGUUUUAAGAUUCGAAAGUGUCCACUAUAAUGCCAUUGUUUGGUUGAAUGGUGAAGAAGCAAUAAGACAUUAUGGUGGCCAUCUUCCUUUUGAAGCUCACGUUAACAAACUUCUAAAGUUUGGUGAAGAAAACAGAAUAACAGUUGCCGUAAAUAAUACAUUGAAUUCAACGACAUUACCUCCAGGAACAAUUGAGUACAAGCAUGGUCCAAGAUAUCCCAAAGGAUAUUUUGUACAGGAUUAUGCAUUUGAUUUCUUCAAUUAUGCUGGAAUACAUCGUUUGGUUCGUUUUUACACGACACCUCAAGUCUUCAUCUCGGAUAUCACUGUCGUUACUGAUCUAACUUCUGAUAAUACAAAUGGAACACUUCGUUUCAAAACUCUUGUCCUAGGUUCUCAAUCUUUACACGAUUCUUUUCAUGUGUCGUACAAACUCUUCGAUGCUGCUGGAAAAUCUGUUGCAAAUAUCUCUGGAUUUAAACUGUUAAUUGGAAAAUUAGAAGUACAUAAUGUUCAACCAUGGUGGCCUAUUGGAAUGAAUGAUAAUCCUGGUUAUCUUUACUAUUUGAAGAUCAUUGUCACUAGCGGUGAUUUGAUGGAUGUUUAUCGUUUGCCCGUUGGAUUUCGUACUGUUAAAGUGGAGAAAACAAAAUUUCUUAUUAAUCAUAAACCGUUCUAUUUCAAAGGAUUCAAUAUGCACGAAGAUUCUGAUAUACGUGGUAAAGGUUUGGACUUUCCUCUAAUUGUGAAAAACUUUAAUCUUUUUACUUGGCUUGGAGGCAAUGCCUUUCGUACCAGCCACUAUCCUUACGCGGAAGAAAUCAUGGAUAUGGCUGAUCAGUUAGGGAUAGUUGUGAUCGACGAGUGUCCCGGGAUCGGGAUUCGAGCACCAAAUUUUGGUGCCCAGUCUCUAUCACAUCAUCUUGAGGUGAUGAAUGAGUUAGUGCGACGAGACAAGAAUCGUCCUUCAGUAGUCAUGUGGUCUGUUGCCAACGAACCAAGCUCAAACCUUCCUGCUGCCGAAUUAUACUUCAAAACUGUUAUCAAUCAUACAAGGUUUCUUGAUACAACACGACCAGUCACAUUCGUUACUAAUAAAUCAUCAGGCGAUGAUCGUGCUGUUCAAUUUGUGGACGUAAUCUGUCACAAUCAUUAUUAUGCCUGGUACCAUGAUCCGGGACAUUUGGAACUCAUUCAGUUACAACUCGAAUAUGAUUUACGUCAGUGGUUUGAAAAGUUUCAAAAACCUGUCAUCCAAUCAGAAUACGGUGCCGGUACUGUUUCUGGUCUUCAUAUGUUUCCUCCCGUCAUGUAUACUGAAGAUUAUCAGGUGGCCACCAUUGAGCAAUAUUUCCCUGUCUUUGAUAAACUGAGGGAAGAGUUCUUCGUUGGUGAACUGAUCUGGAAUUUUGCUGACUUUAUGACAAAACAAUAUGUUAAGAGAGUUCAAGGAAAUAAGAAAGGAAUUUUAACUCGACAACGUCAACCAAAGGAAGCUGCCUACGUUCUGAGAAACCGUUAUCUCAAUCUCAAUAUCUCCAUGGGGUCAACCAAACGAGACGAGUAUAAGAAUGGAAAAUGCACUUGUUAAUAAAUUGAAAAGGGUGUCCAACAAUCUCUUAAAUUAAAAGAUCUAAACCACUGUAAAUAAGUGAUAUUUUGUUAUGAAAUGAUAUCCCAGCUUA